AUGGUCAAGGUCGUCCCUGGCAGCCAGGGCUCGACGCCCUUGAACGUCCUCGAGUUCCAAGAGUUCGCCCGCGAGUACCUGCCCAAGACCGCGUACGACUACUACGCGUCCGGCGCCGACGACAUGGUGACGCUCCGCGAGAACCGGCGCGCGUUCCAGCGCCUCGUCCUCCUGCCGCGCGUGCUCCGGGACAUGUCCCACUUGAACCUCCGGACCAGCAUCUUGGGCCACGAGAUCCGCUCGCCUGUGUGCGUCGCGCCCUCGGCGAUGCACUGUAUGGCGCAUCCAGAGGGUGAGCGUGCGAGCUCCAGAGCAGCAGCUAAGGCCGAGACGUGUUACGUCUUAAGUACGCUCUCCACCACCAGUCUCGAAGACGUGGCCGAGGCGCAAGAUGGAGCCAAGUCGGAUGCGCUCCGGUGGUUCCAGCUCUAUGUGUUUAAAGACCGGGAGCUCACAAAGAGACUCGUGGAGCGCGCAGAAACCGCAGGGUUUAGAGCUAUCGUACUUACGGUGGACACCCCGCGGCUCGGCCAUCGGGAGCCGGACGUGCGCAACAACUUCCAGCUCCCUCCUCAUUUGACAAUGGCUAAUUUUGCUCAAGUGGGAGGGACGUAUGAACACGGGGUUCAAUGCAGCCAUGACUCGGGUCUUGCUCACUAUGUGAGCGAGUUGUUCGACUUGACACUCAAUUGGCACGACGUCAAGUGGCUCAAGAGCAUUGCCACGCUGCCCGUGGUUGUUAAGGGGGUGCUGAGUCCAGAAGAUGCUAACCUUGCAGUGGAGAUGGGUUGUCAAGGCAUCUUGGUGUCGAACCACGGCGCGCGACAGCUGGAUGGCGUGGCAGCGACCAUUGAUGCACUGCCUGCUAUUGUUCAAGCUGUGGACGGACGCGCUGAAGUGUAUAUGGAUGGUGGGAUUCGUCGCGGGACGGACGUCUUCAAAGCUCUUGCGCUCGGAGCUCGUGCUGUUUUCCUUGGUCGACCCGUGCUCUUUGGGCUGGCACACAGCGGUGAAGCUGGGGUCUCGAGUGUUCUACGUAUCCUGAACGAAGAACUGAAGCAUGUCAUGCUCUUUUCUGGAACGGCGUCGCUGGCUGAUAUCGGGCCAGCAUACGUUCGUCGUGGCCUAACACCACUCCCCUCGUCUCUAUAA